GCGUCCUCAAAUAUUACCACAAUGGAUAUUCAAUUUUCCUCGGGAAAACGUGUAGCUAGUGUUACAUUAGUGUUGCUUUCAAUACACCACGUUAAUUUGAAUAAAAUAUAACGCUGAACGUCAGUAAAAAUAAUAGCUCUCAGUCGUUUUGGGUUUAUAUUUGUGGCAAACUAAUAGACUAAUAUGUCAAUACUAAUAAUGUCUGCAAAAAGAUCCACGACAUUUUAAUGUGUAGCGAAACCCUGAAAUGACAUUUGUCCGACUGAAACGCACCAUUUCCGGCGGCGCUGCUUUGCAGGCUGUGUUCAAGAUCAUCUCUGGAGUUGUUCAUCGUCAACCAAUAUCAUGCCAAAUAAGCGAUAGCAUACAUGUCGAUAGUAAUAAUGAUAUAAUAACACUAAUUGCUCAAUAAGUUGAUAUUUGGCGACAGUUAUGUGUUUAAUAAAGACGUUUAUUCAUUAUAAUUGCCUGUGUUUUAGGGGGCGCUGCUGUGUGAGCGCUCCUCAAUUUAUGCGACGAGGAAACGAAGAAGACGUAACAACAUGGCGGCCCGCGCACGGGUGCCCUUUUGCUUCCCUGUAAACUUGCAUACAAACCAGAAGCUUGUACACACCGAGGCGGCGGCGACAGUGGUCAAGAAGGCUGUCUACCCGCCCAUCAAGCCGUCUCUCACGGCCAAAAGCAAAUCGGCUCGAGCGCGUCAAGUCGAGGAGCAAGUCGAGCGGAUAAAAGCGUCACCCGUGCAGGAUAAACUGCGGUCACUCACUCGCAUAGAGCGCAAAAAGUACGUCGUCUACCCGCAGACGUUCGCGCGAAACGCGGAUAAAUGGUACCAGCACUUCACCAAAACCGCAUACAUCCCCGGCUUGCCGGAGCAACUCACCCCGGCUCGGCCUCAUGUCGCCGUGGAGGAGAAGGAUUCCCCCGCUACUGAAGCGGACAACCUCGGCAUUAGUGAUGAGGCGUUCAAGGACAUCCGUUCAUUGGUAACGCGCGUGAUUCUGCACGAGCACUGGCACACGAUUAAGGGAAAGACGUUCGUGUACAGACGACAGGAGCUCGUCGAGGGACCCUUCCUGAGAAACCUGGUCAAAUCGUUAACAUACGGCUUGGCCAAAUACAGCCCGCUGCUCCUCUCCUCCAGCAUGGAUGUGAAUCCCCAAGUUGGUUUCUACUGGAGGAGAGGGGAGAGGAUUGUUCCGAGGGGCCACAGAAAGGGCAGCCUGGAGCCCAUCAGGUUCCAGAUAGACGACCGGCCGCUCUGUCAGAUUCGAAUAACGCAGCAGCUCCCUCAGUUGGUCCCGAUGGAAGCUUCUUAUGACGCCGACGUUCCUGAAGUUCCGUACUCUCCCUCCUGUCUGCCGCUGUUCAAGAGGCAGUACACCAACACCAUCUUCACAGGUUCCAAGGUGCCGGACCCAGCGUGCUACGGGCACACGCAGUUUCACCUUGUGCCCGACCGCUACCACAGGGAUCGCAUGGCCCGCCGCCAGCAGUCGGACCAGGUGGAGGUGUUCCUCAGGGCCCACGCCAUCGCUAGCCUGUUUGCGUGGACCGCUGCGCAGGCCUCCUAUCAAGGUUUCUGGAAUCACGAGGACGUGAGCAGAGCGUUCGUGUCGCAGGCGGUGAUCAGCGACGGCCACUUUUUCUCCUUCUUCUGCUACCAGCUCAACACGCUGGCCUUGUCCGCACAGACGGACAGCGGAAACGCCCGCAAGAACCUGCUGUGGGGCAGCGAGUCUGUGCGCCUCUACGACGGCGUGGAGGACGGGCACGUGGUCGGCCUGAAUGACCACGCGCUGCGGCUACUGGUGCGAUUCCUCCUCCAUCAGCCCCGGCAGGAUGUCCUGGAUGUCUAAACGUGAAAAUGCAAAAAGAUCGUACCAAAACAAAUCUAGUAUUUAUGGACAAAUAAAAGUAGAUUGCUUGCCAUUA